AAAAAUGGCCUCGGCUGAGAGACACUCUGAGUUCAAACUCGACGCUGGAAUCUGGAAUGACCCCAUCUCUACCGUGACCUUUGACCCCGACAACCCCAGAUCACUGCUGGUGUCCUCGUGGGACUGCACUCUUAGACUGUUCGACAUUUCUCAGAACUCACAGAAACAGACAUUCGCAGCCAAUUGUCCACUGCUGGAUUGCUGUUUUGUGAAUAGCUUCACAGCGUAUAGUGCAGGUGCGGAUGGGAGAGUGCGUUGUGUGGAUAUGAACACUAGUCAGGAGAGAGUGUUCCCAGCCUCCCAUGAGGCCCCCGUCAGAUGCAUAGUACACUGCAACCACCCAUCAGCACCCAAUGUAGUCAUAUCAGGUAGUUGGGACCACACAAUCAAAGUGUGGGAUGUGCGUAUGGCCAACCCAGUGCAGAGCUACCGACACCCGGACAAGAUCUACGCCAUGUCAUCCUGUGGGGACAAACUGAUAGUGGGCACUGCUGGCAGACACGUUAUGGUUUGGGACAUGAAAAACAUGUCCAAUGUGCUGCAGAGUAGAGAAUCUAGUCUGAAGUACCAGACGAGAUGCAUCCGUAGUUUUCCAGAUCACACUGGCUAUGUAUUGAGUUCAAUAGAAGGCAGAGUGGCGGUUGAGUUCCUGGACCCGAGUCCGGAGGCACAGAAAAAGAAGUACGCGUUCAAGUGUCACCGGAUAAAGGAGGAGGUUCCGAACAAGCCAGAGAAGACUGAAUUUGUGUACCCUGUGAAUGCCAUCUCAUUCCACCGGGGCUUCGGAACUUUCGCCACUGGGGGCAGUGACGGAUACGUGAACAUAUGGGAUGGAGGUAAUAAGAAGAGACUCGUGCAAUACCACAGAUUCGCCACUGGAGUCACAUCACUCGCUUUCAAUGAGGACGGUUCCGCUUUGGCCAUUGCCUGUUCAUACAUGAAUGAGGGCGGGGACAUCGCUAACCCUCCCGAGAACUCAGUCUACAUUCGCAAUGUGGCGGAAAAUGAAGUCAAACCCAAGUAGAACCUCCUCCUCCUCCUGUUCCCACUUCCAAUUCCAAAUUAAGUGUGGUACGAGGAAAGGGAAAGAAUGCAUCCCAAGAUCACAGAUGGUUGUAAGGAUUUGUUGUCUUCUAUUCAGCAGAACGUGGUUUAAACUAACUAUUUUGUCGAUUUUUAUUUAAAUUUUAAAAAAAAACUGUUGUGAUUUACUGAAAUGUUUUUCUUUUUGUUUCAAUUUAAA